AUGGGAUUUUUCGACCACCUCCAGAAAGGAGGCGGCUUCUCUCUGCAGCCCAAAAAACCUCAGAUCCGCAAAGUUGUCCAGACCCGGCCGGCUCCUUCGUCGAAAUCCACGUCGCAUGCCACGGACAAAUCGCCCGCGCCGAGUUCUUUGUCCGUCGAGAAGGCUAGGACACGCGAACUGAAAAGCAGAUCGGCCUCGAGGGACUCGGAUCGCCUGCACAGAAAAGAGCGACUCAGUACCCCGUCCCGUCACCGGAAGCGAGCAACCCCGGACCAGCGACUCUCCAGCGAUGAUGAUGACGACGGCGUCAGCGACACAGAUACCUCAUUCGAGGUACGAAAACGAGCGAGGACCAGCGACAGUCCAGAAAUAGACCUUGGGAGGCGCAUACGCUCGGUAAAGGCAUUCUCUGAGGAAGGGAAACGGCCUUUCUCAAUGGUGCAUGCCGCAGAAAUUGUGUCCGCUCGCAAGUCAGGACAUUUCAAGCGGGCCUUUGAAGAGUCAGAGAAAUCUACGGGGAUCCUUCUUCAAUACCCUAGUGCUUCGCAAAAAGAGAGGUUUCACCUUGUUGUGCCGCGAGACAAUGAAGACUUCAAGCCUAUCGACGAUAUCGUGCAGGUCAUCGAGAUGGUGGGAGACUACUACGUGGCGGAAGAAGAUGCCGAUGCCUUCAAUAACGAGACAACGGGGUUCAAACGAAGACUGCGACGGGCUUUGGCCCAUGUAUCUGGAGCCGAGUUCCGGGAAACGGUGUCUGAUUACAAUGAUACCAUCGAGCGGCUCAGAGCGAACGGGAGCAUCGCAAAAAGGCUAGAUUCAACCCACCGACUCGAUCUGCCUCUGGUCGAACGAAUCCUGAAUCAAACCUAUGCGCGAACAGUCUCCCCCCGCGUGGACUCCUUGCGGCAGUACGAAAACGGAACAGAUAACGUUUAUGGCGAGCUCCUUCCCCGCUUUAUUAGCACGAUCUUCAAGGAGACGAAGCUGAAGUCGGGUCAGGUCUUCGUUGAUCUAGGCUCUGGUGUCGGCAAUGUGGUUCUCCAGGCCGCUCUGGAGAUCGGCUGUGAAAGCUGGGGCUGCGAGAUGAUGCAAAAUGCCUGCGAUCUUGCAGAACUCCAGCAAGCUGAGUUCAAAGCAAGGUGCCGGCUUUGGGGGAUUGCGCCUGGGAAAACGCACCUUGUUCGGGGCGAUUUCCUCAAGGAGGAGCCCAUAAUUAGCGUUUUGAAGCGCGCGGAUGUUGUUCUGAUCAACAAUCAAGCCUUCACUCCUCAACUCAACAAUGAGCUGAUCAACCAUUUCUUGGAUAUGAAGGAGGGAUGCCGAAUCGUCUCGCUCAAGUCCUUCGUCCCUGCAGGCCAUAAGAUCCAGUCGCGAAAUCUCAACUCGCCUAUCAAUCUUUUAACUGUGAAGCAAAAGAACUACUGGUCCAAUAGUGUCAGCUGGACCGAUGUUGGAGGCACCUAUUUCAUUGCCACCAAGGACAGCUCCCGACUGAAAUCCUUUGUGGAAAGCUUGAACUAG